AUGUAUACCUCUCUGGCUUUGGCAUUGUCCCUCAGCUCCUGCCUGUUGGCGGGCGCUCAAGCGCAAACUACUGUUGCGGCUUGGAACCAAUGUGGCGGCCUCCAAUACACCGGCUCCACGAUAUGUGUUAGCGGUUCCGGAUGCGUCAAGCUGAAUGACUACUAUUCGCAGUGCCAGCCUGGUGCCGCGACGGUAACGUCGGCGGUUUCGUCAUCAACCACUGUCGUUCCGUCAGUCAGCUCGUCGACUAUUACUACCAGUGCUGCCUCCACUACUUCACCUGGACUUCACACGCUCGCCAAAGCAAAGGGGUUGGUGUACUUUGGAAGCGCAACCGACAACGGGGAGCUGACCGAUGCACCCUAUAAGGCAAUCCUCAGCGACAAUUCCGAAUUCGGUCAGCUCACACCGGGAAACUCGCAGAAGUGGGAUGCUACCGAGGGGACCCGCGGUACCUUCACCUUCACCCGCGGCGAUGAAAUCGUUGCACUGGCGAAGGCGAACGGCCAGCUCGUUCGCGGACACACGUUGGUUUGGCACUCGCAGCUUCCGUCAUGGGUAUCGAGCGGUGGCUUCGAUAAUGCCACUCUGAUUUCGAUUAUGGAGAACCAUGUCACGCAGGUGGCCACACACUACAAAGGCCAGAUAUAUGCUUGGGAUGUGCUCAACGAAAUCUUCAACGAAGAUGGGACCUUCCGGGAGUCGGUAUUCUACACCACCAUAGGCGAAGCAUACGUUGCGAUAGCCUUGCGCGCGGCGCGCGCAGCCGAUCCCGAUGCGAAGCUGUACAUCAACGACUACAACGUCGACGGCACCGGUGCAAAGUCCACCGCCAUGUACAACCUUGUGGCUAAGCUCAUUGCCCAAGGCGUGCCGAUUGACGGCAUCGGUAUUCAGGCCCACCUAAUCUCAGGAUCGGUACCGAGUACGCUCCAGGCAAACUGGGAACAAUUUGCGAGCCUCGGUGUCGAUGUUGCCCUGACCGAGGUAGACAUCAGGAUUACCCUUCCGACCACGGAUGCGAAACUGGCACAGCAGGCUACCGACUAUAAGAAUGUUGUUGCCGCGUGCGUGGCGAUCCCCAAGUGCAUAGGCAUCACCAUCUGGGAUUACACCGAUAAAUACUCCUGGAUCCCGUCCGUGUUCAGUACCCAAGGAGCAGCCCUGCCAUGGGACGAAAACCUGGUGAAGAAGCCAGCUUACGCUGCUAUUGCGGAAGCUCUCGCCUGA